CACAACGCCAACCCGGCGGCUCAGGCACGAGGAACCGACUCCCUGCCUAUCAGCAAUUGCCCUCGCCUUCCUUGCGGCGGUCGUAACAGCACUGGGAUAGCUUUCCAGCGUUGUCGUGGCAAGAAUGACAGGAGGGCUCCUUCUACUGUUCGCCUGCUCGGCAGUUGCAGGGGCGGCAAGCUCGCUCCUUCCCUCGUUCAACUGCUCAGGGGUAGCAGGAUCGGUAGGGUUGUUCCUUCGUUCGUUAGCUUGCUCGGCCGCAGCUUCCACAGCCUCAGCUUCCGCCCCAUCUUCCUUGUCCACAAUCUGCAGUCGUACCUGGGGGUGCAAGUCCGCACCAACCCGGAUCAUGAAGUCCCCCAGCGGAUGCAGCCGUUUGCUCAGGUGGUUGGCAUAAU